CGCCGUAGGGGAGAUGUAUUUCUAGAUCUUUGCCUGCUGUAUAUAGAAUACAUGAUACAGCCGUACGAGAAGAUCAGGAGUGAGAAUCAUUCUACCAUCGCUCCGUUACCCGCUAGGCCGUGGAUCCGGACCGUAGUGAGUGCAGUCCCGAGACUGCAUCGAGGGAAGAGUCAAAAGAGACUGGACCCUUCUUGCGAUCAGGCUGACUAAGCAUUAUGUUUUCUGCUCUAACCCGCGCUGUUCCCAGAAGGGCUGGACUGGGGGUUGCGACAUCUCGAAGCUUAUCCCAGCCAUCCCAGCCUCCAUCCCAGCCUCCUCAGUCUCCUCUCUCAGAGCCACAACCGACUGCUGAUGUUUCAAAUCUCCCAAGUCUCGAUUUCUCUCCCGAGCCGGAGCAUCAAACUGGCGCCAAAUCCUCCAAGGAUUCCUUGUCCUCCGCUGAAAUAAGACGGAGGAGGCUGGGUCGCGCUGCUUUUGGUCUGCUAUUGGUCGGUGCUGGCUUCCAGGCGUAUGAGUUGGGUCGCGAGUGGGAGCAGUACGAGCUCAAAGCUAAGAAAAUAACUCUUGAAAAUGCGCCAGCGACACGAUGGGGACGUACUCAAGAGCGCUUUACGGACAUGUUUGACUACUUUGUCAAACCCGUGUGGUCUGAAUUACUGCCGCCACCUCUACCUGCUUCUCACCAAAAACCCCUCACCCUCGUACUGUCUUUGGACGACCUUCUGGUCACGUCCACUUGGGAUCGGCAGCAUGGAUGGAGGACGGCGAAACGACCCGGCGUGGAUUAUUUUCUAGCUUAUAUCUCCCAAUUUUAUGAAGUGGUCAUCUUCACCACUCAAAACUCCUACACCGCUGCUCCGAUUUUAGAGAAGUUGGACCGCUACAACUUCUACAUCUCUCACCGUCUCUUCCGUGAGGCAACAAGAACGACGAACAGCGGUGUUGUAAAGGACUUGUCCUACUUGAACCGGCCACUCGAGAAGGUUGUCGCUCUGGAUACAAACCCAGAGCACGUGUCCACUCAUCCCGAAAACACGAUCGUCAUCCCGCCAUGGAAGGGGGAUCCCAACGAUCGGGGACUCAUUGCCAUGAUCCCCUUCUUAGAGUCCAUCGGGAUCUACAAGCCUGCGGACGUCCGACCCAUCCUGUCCGCAUACCAAGGAAAGGACAUUCCCGUCGAAUAUGCAAAGAAAGAGGCCGAAUCCAAGGCUGCACAUAUCGAAAAAUGGAUGAAAGAGCGGCCAAACGGAUUGGCGCGGGGAGGAUUUGCUUCGAUGCUUGGUCUCACGGGUGAUAGCUCGCCUCGACCGUCCGUUCCGCCGACUUAUCUCGAGGCUAAGCGCAAAGAGGCUCAAGAGAACUACAUGGAGGAGCUGAAAUACAUCCGGGAGCACCAAGAAUACCUAGAGAGUCUUCUGAAGAAGGAGCAGGAGAUGGCGAUGGCCGCCGUUCCCAAUACUCUCUUCGGAGCGCUUAAUCAAUUGGCUGGAGAACCCCCGGAGCCCAAGCAGGAGCAACAAGACAAGCCUGCGUCGACAUCCUAAUACUGACAAUCAUAAUCUUCUAAUCUACACCCCACUCACGUGCAUCGCUUUUAUUCAUCUGACAAUCCUUGUGAAUUAAACUUUCUG